AUGCCGCCCAAAAAGGGAAACCGCAACUCGAUGCCUGCACGAGUCAGCAAUGAACGAGUCAGCAAUGACUCUUCUCUGCUGGUGCCUUCCCGGCGUUCUCCCAGAGUCCCGGCCUCCCAGAAAGCUUCAAAUACCUCUGCUCGCUCCUCCAAGACUCUUGAUCUUCCUUCUUCCUCCACCACUCCUGAAAACACUUUCAACAUCCGCUUCUAUACUCCAAAGACUCCUUCCACCAACACUCGCUCAAGGAACACCUCUCCUGACCUGCCCUUGACACGUCGAAACACCUUCCAAGCUAGACCUUCUCGUCUCUCUUCUGUUUACACCCCAGCAGUGGAGAGUCCAACCUCCAACCAUAGCAGCCGCCGUACGCGUCGUACCGCUGCUCUUGAAACUCCUCAAACCUCUUUCUCAGACCACGACAUGUCUGACACCCUCGCCUCGACUGGCUGGACCUACUCCCAGUACAUGGGUGGUCUCGGUCUGGACGGCACGAUGGAUUCCCGUCCCUCUCCCAGCGUCUCAUCCAUGGGGACCCGGGCUUCGAUCCGCCUCCGCAAGCCCACCACCAAGGCUCGUGAGGCAAUGCAAUUACAGCAAAAGCCCAAGCUUCGCCGUCUCAAGAAAGACGGACCAGCCCCGGUCCCCGCCAACGUCGCUUAUUCCUCGGCCGGCGCCUCUACCUCUGACCCCGACCCCGCUCCCCUUCCUUCCCCUUCCUCUGCUGCCCCUCUCCCUGCCCCUGCCUCCAAACGCUUCCCCAAGAUCACCUUCAAGAACGUUAUCAAGCCUGCCUCAGACCCGACGUCUGCGAGUGCGUCAACCUCCACUCCCGAGUCCCGCCCAAAGUCAACGAGCAAGCCAACUGCUCGGGCGACCACUCGCAAAGGCAAGAAAGGCAAAAACGCCUUGAAGCUCUCCCUCCACCGCAUCCAGAUCACCAUUGGCCGGGCUGGCCAGAAGCUCUUUGAGCUGGCCACAGCCGCCCUGGGCGCUGAGUUCGUUGCUCCCUCCGAUCCUGAAAAGUUCAUUCAGGAUGCACGAGCUGCCCAGUCAACGGUUGAUAUGGUGGAGGAAGAGGGCGGCAAAGACAUCCAUCCCAUCAAUGAUGUUGAUGUCCCUGCCGCUGUUGAUGAGAGCAACUCCCCGGAUACCCAACCCGAGCGGAAGCUCAUGCUCACCUUCAACUCCUCCGUCGUGGCGCGCGUGGCCCAGGAUAACUGGGUUCACACAGGUUGCGUCAACGACCACGGCGAGGAGGUGAUACUGGCUCCCUCCGGUUACAGCCUCGAUCGUGCCCCUCACAACUAUGGGGACGAGGCUUUGCCCUAUCCUCCCGUCCGAAUUCAACCGGACGAUCAGGCGAUGGCCAACAUUGGCCUCGGCUUCCCGCCUCUCCUCGGUGACCGGAACAUCCCGUUUGGUGUCCAGUCCGACUUCCAGCCAGAGGACGUCACCGAGGAGCAGGCCCAGGUACAGGCACGCAAGAAGCAGUCUGUCACACCCGCUGAGCCGGCUCAGCAGAAGGGUGGCAGAAAGCGUCGCCUGCCUGGAGCAGGAACCGAAACCGCCGAGAUUCCUGCAUCUUCGUCUGCUCCCGCUCCUGCUGAAGGUAGUGAGCGGCCGCAGAAGCGACGUCGUGGAGAGAACUCAGUCUCCGAGCCUGCAUCCUCUAAGCAGGCACCGCGCAAGACGUCCGCUUCGCGGUUGGCAAAGGCCAAGCCUAAGACGAAGGCGUUGUCUCCUUCUCCCGUGGAGGAGGAAGCACCACAUAAGGUGCAGCGCCUUCGGAUUACGGUGAAGCCUCCCACCGCGGCGGAGAUGCAGGAGGAGAGUAGUGCGUCCGGGGAGGAGGACCUCCCGGUCUCACGACCUGCGGCUAAACAAAGCCGCCGGCAAGCAGCCGACCUCGCCACUGAGGUUGAAUCGACCCAGAAGCCCGCAACAUCCAAGGGCAAGAAGAGAGCAGCAGCCCUCAUCUCCAAUGAUGAGGUGGCCGAAAGGCCAACGUCGCCCGCCAAGCGGGCACGGGCUGCUGACUCUCAGGUCGGUACUGCCGUUGCUGCCGCCCCACGCGGCCGUGGCCAUGCUGGAAAGCGUGGUCGUGGUCGAGGUCGGGGUGGAGGUCGAGGCCGGGGCGCCUCAAGCUCUCGGGGAAAGCGUGGUAGGGGCAGAGGAGCAUCAUGA